AUUUGCGAACAACAUUUGAAUAAAAUUAGAAUCGAUUCUUUGAUACUUUCAAUCUCAUAAUGAGCUAGUCUAUUAACGCGUUAAAUUGAAAUUUCGAUGCGAUGUGAUAGGUAUAAAAUGUGAGUUUGAUGUGUUGAUCGUUCGAUUUUUUUGUUCAAUAAUUUCACGAGCUUCAAAAAAUAUCAGUUCAAGAUGUUGAAAAAACGUGUUGUUCUUUGGUGGUUGAUUAUUACCGGUAUAAUAUGCCAUAUGUUCCUAAUGACCAACAUAAAUGUUGCCAUAAUAUCAAUGGUUAAGAAGCCACAAGACAACAAUACUGAGAGUGAUAAAUUCGACUGGAAUGUUCAGCAGCAAACCAUGAUCUUUGGAGCGUAUUACUGGUUCACGUGGAUUUCUCAGUUUGCUGGUGGAAUAUUAUCGCACAAAUAUGGAUCCAAGAUUACGUUUGGACUGAGUAACUUUAUAGGAUGUUUGAUGAGCUCAGCUAUACCUGCUGCAGCCUAUAUUGGCUGGGAAGUGGUUGUAAUUGUUCGAGUUCUGCAAGGCACCAUUGCGUCUGUAGGGUUACCAGCUGGAAUCGCAACAAUAAUUGGACAAUGGUCUCCUCCAGACGAAAGAGGGAAAUUCACUUCAGUAAUGCUGGGCAUACCUCUGGGUAUAUCCAUUGGAUACACGUUUUUCGGAUUCAUCGCUGAUAACUUGAGCUGGCCUUAUGUAUUCCACACCACAAUGAUAUUGGGCUCAGUGUGGUACGUAGCGUGGCGUUAUUUCGUAUACGAUACUCCAGACGAGCAUCCCAGAAUAUCAGAACACGAGAAAAUGUACAUUAAAAAAAGUCUGGCUAAUAGUACCACUAGAGAAAAUAUACCGAUACCUUGGAAAGAAAUAUUGACUUCGAGGCCUUUACUACUGAAUAUAAUUUGUACAUUUGGGACAUCUUGGGCUUUCUUCGGGACCAGUAUGUUUUUACCUAUGUACUUGAAGAGGAUGCACGAUAUCAGUCCAACAAAGAUUGGUUUGAUCACUGGUAUCUCGUUCCUGGCGAAAGCUAUUCUACAAAUUGUUGGGGGAGCUGCGACUGAUGAAAUGAUUAGACGAGGAAUGUCUAAAACUAGAGUGAGGAAUAUUGCAGUUCUUCUUGGAGCAGUAAUCGCUCCAGUUCUCCUAGCAUGUAUUAUAUUCGUUCAGUACGAUGUAUUUUGGUCUUUGACCUUAUUGAUGGCUUACUUUAUGAUCUCAUCAUUCACCAACAAUGGUACUCCAGUUGCAGUAAUCGAUAUGUCUCCUAAUUUCUGUGGAAUUAUUCAAGGGAUUACUUGCGCUCUCACUGCAACGACUGGAUUUUUUUGCUCUCUAAUGUUCAAUCUAAUAUCUUCCCAUUGUGAUGAGUCAAAUACUUGGGGGUAUUUCUUCUUAUCCAGUGGAUUGAUAAACGUCGUACCUGGAGUAUUAUUUUUAUUAUUCAGUAAUUCGGAGCUGCAGCCCUGGAAUCAACCCAAAGAAUCAGUGGGACAGGUUUUGAGCAAUUUGAACGUUGAUAAUUCUCAGCCAUGAUAAACUUAUUGAUACAAAUAAGCCUCGAGGCUUGAAGUAGAUGAAAGAUAAAUCAAAGUUUUUCCUAGCACCUGAACAUGUUUUCAAUUGUGAUAAUAAAACGUUACCUAGUACAAAUUUUCAAAAAA